ACAACUACAACUGCUAGCACCACAACUACAACUGCUAGCCCCACUACCACAACUGCUAGCCCCACAACCACAACUGCUAGCCCCACAACUACAACUGCUAGCCCCACAACCGCAACUGCUAGCACCACUACCACAACUGCUAGCCCCACAACUACAACUGCUAGCUCCACAACUACAACCGCUAGCCCCACAACUACAACUGCUAGCCCCACAACUACAACUGCUAGCACCACAACUACAACUGCUAGCCCCACUACCACAACUGCUAGCCCCACAACCACAACUGCUAGCCCCACAACUACAACUGCUAGCCCCACAACCGCAACUGCUAGCACCACUACCACAACUGCUAGCCCCACAACUACAACUGCUAGCUCCACUACCACAACUGCUAGCCCCACAACUACAACUGCUAGCCCCACAACUACAACUGCUAGCCCCACAACCACAACUGCUAGCCCCACAACCACAAAUGCUAGCCCCACAACUACAACUGCUAGCUCCACAACUACAACCGCUAGCCCCACUACCACAACCGCUAGCCCCACAACUACAACUGCUAGCACCACAACCACAACUGCUGGCCCCACUACCACAACUGCUAGCCCCACAACUACAACUGCUAGCCCCACAACUACAACUGCUAGCCCCACAACCACAACUGCUAGCCCCACAACCACAAAUGCUAGCCCCACAACUACAACUGCUAGCCCCACAACCACAACUGCUAGCCCCACAACUACAACUGCUAGCCCCACAACUACAACUGCUAGCCCCACAACUACAACUGCUAGCCCUACUACCACAACUGCUAGCCCCACUACCACAACUGCUAGCCCCACAACCACAACUGCUAGCCCCACAAUCACAACUGCUAGCCACACCACCACAACUAAUAGCCCCACAACUACGGCUACUAACCCCACAACUGGGACUACUAGCCCCACAACUGAGACUACUAGCCCCACAACUGCUUCUAUUAGCCCCACAACUGGGACUACUAACCCCACUAGUAUUAACCCCACAACUGGGACUACUAGCCCCACUAGUACUAGCCCCACAACCGGGACUACUAGCCCCACAACUGAGACUACUAGCUCUACAACUGAGACUACUAGCCCCACAACUGCUUCUAUUAGCCCCACAACUGGGACUACUAGCCCCACAACUGCUUCUAUUAGCCCCACAACUGGGACUACUAACCCCACUAGUACCAGCCCCACAACUGGGACUACUAGCCCCACAACUGCGACUACUAGCCCCACAACUGGGACUACUAUCCCCACUAGUACUAGCCCCACAACUGGGACUACUAGCCCCACAACUGGGACAACUAACCCCACUAGUACUAGCCCCACAACUGGGACUACAAGCCCCACAACUGGGACGACUAACCCCACUAGUACUAACCCCACAACUGGGACUACUAGCCCCACUAGUACUAGCCCCACAACUGAAACUACUAGCCCCACAACUGAGACUACUAACCCCACAACUGGGACUACUAACCCCACUAGUACUAUCCCCACAGCUGAGAUUACUAGCCCCACAACUGCAACUACUAGCCCCACAACUACCACUACUAACCCCACAACUGGGACUACUAACCCCACUAGUACUAGCCCCACAACUGAGACUACUAGCCCCACUAGUACUAUCCCCACAGCUGAGAUUACUAGCCCCACAACUACAACUACUAGCCCCACAACUACCACUACUAACCCCACAACUACCACUACUAACCCCACUAGUACUAACCCCACAACUGGGACUACUAACCCCACUAGUACUAUCCCCACAGCUGAGAUUACUAGCCCCACAACUGCGACUACUAGCCCCACAACUACCACUACUAACCCCACUAGUACUAACCCCACAACUGCAACUAUUAGCCCCAUAACUAUGACUACUAGCCCAACAACUGGGACUACAAGCCCCACAACUGGGACUACUAACCCCACAACUGGGACUACUAGCUCCACAACUGGGACAACUAACCCCACUAGUACUAGCCCCACAACUGGGACUACUAGCCCCAGUAGUACUAGCCCCACAACUGGGACUACUAGCCCCACAGCUGAGACUACUAACCCCACUAGUACUAGCCCCACAACUGGGACUACUAGCCCCAGUAGUACUAGCCCCACAGCUGGGACUACUAGCCCCAGUAGUACUAGCCCCACAACUGGGAGUACUAGCCCCACAGCUGGGACUACUAGCCCCACAACUGCAACUACUAGCCCCACAACUGGGACUACUAACCCCACUAGUAUUAACCCCACAACUGAGAUUACUAGCCCCACAACUGCAACUAUUAGCCCCAUAACUAUGUCUACUAGCCCAACAACUGUGACUACUAGCCCCACAAUUGAGACUACUAGCCCCACAACUGGGACUACUAACCCCACUAGUACUAGCCCCACAACUGGGACUACUAACCCCACUAGUAUUAACCCCACAACUGGGACUACUAGCCCCACUAGUAUUAACCCCACAACUGGGACUACUAACCCCACUAGUACUAUCCCCACAGCUGAGAUUACUAGCCCCACAACUGCAACUAUUAGCCCCAUAACUAUGACUACUAGCCCAACAACUGUGACUACUAGCCCCACAAUUGAGACUACUAGCCCCACAACUGGGACUACUAACCCCACUAGUACUAGCCCCACAACUGGGACUACUAACCCCACUAGUACUAGCCCCACAACUGGGACUACUAACCCCACUAGUACUAGCCCCACUACUGGGACUACUAACCCCACUAGUACUAGCCCCACAAUUGAGACUACUAGCCCCACAACUGGGACUACUAACCCCACUAGUACUAGCCCCACAACUGGGACUACUAACCCCACUAGUACUAGCCCCACAACUGGGACUACUAACCCCACUAGUACUAGCCCCACUACUGGGACUACUAGCCCCACAACUGGGACUACUAGCCCCGCAACUGGGACAACUAAACCCACUAGUACUAGCCCCACAACUGCGACUACUAGCCCCACAACUGGGACUACUAACCCCACUAGUACUAACCCCACAACUGGGACUACUAGCCCCGCAACUGGGACAACUAAACCCACUAGUACUAGCCCCACAACUGGGACUACUAGCCCCGCAACUGGGACUACUAACCCCACUAGUACUAGCCCCACAACUGAGACUACUAGCCCCACAACUGGGACUACUAACCCCACUAGUACUAACCCCACAACUGGGACUACUAGCCCCGCAACUGGGACAACUAAACCCACUAGUACUAGCCCCACAACUGGGACUACUAGCCCCGCAACUGGGACUACUAACCCCACUAGUACUAGCCCCACAACUGAGACUACUAGCCCCACAACUGAGACUACUAGCCCCACAACUGGGAACACUAACCCCACAACUGGGACUACUAACCCCACUAGUACUAGCCCCACAACUGAGACUACUAGCCCCACAACUGGGAACACUAACCCCACAACUGGGACUACUAACCCCAGUACUACCCCUACUACUAAUCCCACAACUGCAGCUGCUAUGACUACUCCAGCUCCACCAGCCAUCUCUGUAGACACAUAUAACAGAACUGCAGAUGUGACGAUAAAGAUUAUGCAGAAUUUUACAGAAGAACUGGAAAACAAAUUGAGUCAAGCGUACAUAGAGUUCGAAAAGAAUUUUAAACAGCAGAUGAAUGAAGUUUACCGCGGCGUCGCUGGAUACUUGGGUGUGAAAAUCAAAACCCUCAGGUCAUCCUCAUUAACUGCUCCGUGUCCAGAGAGACCUGCUUGCAGUAAUCACACCUGCUGCCCGUGCCGCGCGCUCACACACACUGGAACGGCUCGCUUUCUUUUAAAGGGGACACGCGUUUUAGCAAACACGCACUUCCAUUAGAAAACAGCGGGUGCCACG